UCACUCCCUCUGGGGCACCUGGCAUUGGCCACUGUUGGUAGACAGGAUACUGGGCUAGAUGGACCUUUGGUCUGACCCAGUAUUGCCGUUCUUAUGUUAUGUUCUUACAGCAUCACAUCGGGGGCUCAGGUUCGAUUGGUUGCAGAGCCACAGUUUUUUCAAGAUACAGCUCGCCAGCCUCGAAGUGUGACCUACAUACUUUGUUCUUAAACGUAUGUUCUGGCUGUACUAAAUGCACGCUGUCCUGAUGAACCCACCUCACCAAGCAGGUCAUUGUGUAUACCUGAUCUGUCCCCAUCAUUAUUUACUGUUCUACCAAUUUAUGUCACCUGCCGAUUUUAUCAGCAAUGAUUUGAUCUUUGCUUCCAAAUCAUUGACAAAGCUAUUUAACAACAAUCAGCUGAGAACAGAGCCCUGCAGAACUCCACUAGCAACACCCCCCGCAGAUAAUGAUUUCCCCUUUUACCUACUUUUCGUACUCUAUCAGUUAGCCAGUUGUGAAUCCAUGGGCUGCACUGAUUUUUCUAUACAGCUAUUUUUAUCAGAAUGUUAUGUAGGACUAAGUCAAAUGCCUUAUAGAAGUCCAAGUAGAUUGUCACCAGCGUUGCUUUUAUUAACCAAACUUCAAGUAUGAAAAGACCAAUCUUCCAUAAAACCAUAUUGCUUGGCAUGAAUUACAUUACCUUCUUUUAAUUCUUCACUGAUUGUAUCCUACUUUAGUCUUUCCAUGAUUUUGCCUGGGAGUGAGGUCAGGCUAGCUGGCCUAUAGUCUCCUGGGACAUCCCAUUUCAUGAUUUUAAACAGCAGUACAACAUUGUUUUUUUUCCCCAUUCUUCUAGAACUUCCCCAGUGUUCCAAGAUUUGUUAAAAACCAACAUGAAUGAUUCAGAGAGUGCGUCUGCUGGUUCUUUUAUAUUCUUGGGUGCAAGUUAUCCAGUCAUGCAGAUUUAAAAAUAUUUAUCUUUAAUGGUUGCUGUUUAACAUCACCCCUAGUUACUGAUGGAAUAGAAAAUAUAUAAUUGUCACUGUAAGGUAUGAAUACAUCAUCCUGCUGCUUUCCACUCACAGAAGAGAAAUAUUUGUUGGCUUUUCUCCAUCAUGAUUAAUAAUUUCAUAGUCUUUAUCUAGAACUGGACCUAUCCCAUUGCUAUGACUUUUGCUGAUAUAUUUGAAGAAUUCCUUUUAGUUGUCCUUAACCCUAUUGGCCUAGAGUUUUUGUUGAUACCUUUAGCUUCCUUUAUCAGUUGUCUGCAUUUCCCAGCUGCUAAGGUGUACUCCUGGCUAUCUGCAUCCCCAUUUUUUCCAUUUAAUAGUUUUUUUUUAAUUUUUUUAUAUUGCAGCCUUUACCUUUCCUCUUAACUAGGAUGGUUUUUAACCAAAUAAUCCUUCUUUCUUAUUUAUGGAAUUUUGCGGUCUUUUUAGAGCAUCGAAUAAAGCAUAGUUAAACAAUUGCCAACUAGCAUUCACAUUUUUAUAUUUAAAUAUUUCCUUUCAUUCAAUUUUGCAUUUCAUACUCAAUAUCACUGGGUCCCCCAGCACAGGCAGAUGUUCAAAUGUAGGUGGGACCUUAUGAAGGAUGAGAGAAGAGAGACCUCCCAUUUUUAUCUUUAUAUCCCAACUUCUGCCUGGCAGCUGUGGGUCUGCCCCACAUGUGGGGAGUUUGGAUCCAGAACCAGUCUGGUAUUUGGCCUGUUUCUAAUGGCUCCAAACCAGAAAAUAUUCAGCUCUGCGCUUUUGAAUCUCAUGGCUCAGCCUCAUCUUCAGUAGCUCAGUCUACUGUUAUGUAAGGCUGUGUGUACUACCGCUGUGUGUAGUCGAUGCAGAACAGGACGCCAGUGAAGCUCGCAGCCAGAAGGCAUCAUGACACGGUACCUUGGAGUAGCCAUGCUGCCAUUGUUCUCCAGAAUCUCUCAUCUCAGGGAUGUGAUCCUCAUGGCAGUGUGUGCACAGAAGAGAGGGUAAUGUUCGCUGCAAACAGCUCCCCUGAUCCUAAAACAAUCAGCUGAUUUAGCUAGCCACAUUGCGUGUUGUUUGCUACAGUGCUUCUCAUUUGCAACUGCAGAUCAAGAGCCCACUAAGGGCUUAACUGCAGCAGCUUUCAUCCGCUUAUCACUGUCGCCCCACCGAAACAAAAUCAGAUGUGUACUAAUAGGAAGCAGUGGGUGACAAACAAACAAUUUUCUGACAUUUAAGAUAGGCUCUUGGUGCUUUUGUCCUGCCCACAAACUCACCAAAAUGAGCACUGUUGCACUAAGCACAGUACCUAGCACUGAAAAAAGGGAUAGCUGCACAUGCUCUUUAGCCUCAGUUGUGCAACUGCUGACUGUCUGAAGGUUUAUGAAAUAAUACUGUCUGCCAGUUAUACAUUCAGUAGUGUGCCACCCAACCUGGUAACAUCCAACAUGUGGGGUUAAAACAUAGGUUAUAGAAUGAGGGGUAGAAGAACAAUAUUAAUGCAGGAAGCUUAAACCACGGUGUGUGGUUUUGAUUAUAAAUGAUCAAUAAUAAAUAUGAGUGACAGCCUAGUUCACCCAGGGAUCUCAGAGCACUUUCCAGGCAUUCUGGAAGGAAGGUAAAUAUUGGAAUAUCCGUUUUACUCACGGGUGAGGUGAUUCACAGACAAUGUGAAGGACUUGUCCCAGGAACCCCACACAAUCAUUGGCAGACAGAAAUAGCCCCUUUUGUCUCCUGCUCCAACCCCCCACUCAUAACACCUACUAACAUUUUCUCUCCCCUCCUUCCUGAGUCUAGGGUUCUCUUGUACUUUAGUAACAAUUAAACAAAUGAAAACUGUCAUUUCAAUGGGAGCUGGAAGUAAUGCGUCUCACCUGGGAGGCUCGGCUGAUAGGAAAUCUGCGGCACUAUCCCAGUUAGUUGUAAGUAGGCAGCUGGCUUUGACAUAGGUGAGAAAUUGAGCCUUUCCAUUGUACUGAUAGCCAGGAUAUGGACAUGACACUCCAAAAGUUUGAGAUGAUUUUUCCUGCUCCAUUUGGUACAGCUAGGUGGGUCAAGGCAUCAUCUCCCAGCUGUUUUAUUCAUCUCCUCCUUCCGGGCUGUUAGUAACAUUUCAUAUCUUGAUGGGCAUGCGCUAUAUUUAGGUGGUGCCCAACAGUGAAGCCAAUGGCCAAAUAAAGUACAACUCAGGUGGAGGAGGGAUGGCCUCCGAUCAGGCUGGGCGCUUUGGGGGAUGGGAGGUUUAUGAUACAGUUUUGUAGGCCCAAGAAAAUAGCUUUUAAUCCACUUGUCCCUCUUCAGUGACAGAUCUUAUUGUCUCAGCCUAGGGGUAUUGGCAGAACAGGGUGUGCUUUAGACCCUGUCUACAAUGGCUGACCAGCUGAGCUUAAAAACUUGGUAUAAACAGAGCCAAACUACUAGCUGUGGACCCAAGCCAGAACAUCAGCUCCAAACCACCUGGAACUGCUAGGAAGUUAAGGCUUGGGACAAACUGUUCUCUAGUUCAAACAGCAUAAUAAAGUCAUGCAGUAAUGAGGCCCAUACCUAGACUAGAACACAGUCCUGACAUGAUUGACCUCAGCUUGGCUGGCCAUUGUGGGCAGCAUCAGAACUCCACUGGGACACAACCAAGUUUAACAGCGUAGGUAGGACCUCAGUGAUCGGGGUGGUUGGGGCGGGGGAACUUGGAGGAGCUUAAGGAAAUAGCGCUGGGUUCUGGUGGCUUUUUGUCUUUAUAUAUAAAGAAACAUAGGUUAUGAGGGGUUCCUGCAUGGGUUUCCAAAACCUCAUUCACUGCAAAGCAUUGCUUCAGCGAACGACUGUGGUGAGCAUCUUCAAAAGGCAGGCAGGUUGCUGGGGUUGGCGUCAGGGUUUUGAGGACAAGUCUGACAACCAUUCGAGUGGUAGGAAGUAGAAUUGAGCCAGAAGGCUGGGAAAAGCCUGCUUGCAUCCGCUGCUCAAAUAUAUUUUACUCCGCAGCUGGAGAACUGGCAUGGCUUUUCCCAUCAUGCUGUGUGUGCGCUUUUGGACCAUUUUGAUCCCUGCAACGUGUUGAAUGCCUAAAAGUCUAAUGAAUCACUUAGAUAUGCUGCAGUCAUUUUUACCUUUGAGGGUUCAGGCAUUAUAGAGCGGGAGGGAGGGGAGCAAAAGUUUAGGCUGUGAACUGUGCAGAUCAGUAGGAUUCAAGAGGGAGCCUGCUCAGCCAUCUUGGCUGACUCCUGAUGUUCAGCUUGGGGUCAUGCUGAGUACCCUGGUGACAAUAAGCAUCCUAGCUGUUGGCUGCCCAUGCAACCCAACCCUGAUUCUUUGGGGUUCUCUCAUCGCUAGUUAGUCAGUGAAAGGAGUCGCAUGGGGUGGGAGUGGAAGGACGGUUUGAGAGGAGACUUUGGAUCUCUGUUCCAGGGGAUGUGUAUUCCCUGCCUCAAAAUUCACUGCUUCUCUGCUCUCUCACUGACUGGCUGUGCUCGCAUUAUGUAGGUGGAAUGAUGGCAACAGUGAUCUAUGUAGCAAGCCAGCAAAAUGGCGAGCUGCUUAUUCCAUGUGUAUUGAUCUUAUUAGCACUGGGGUAGCCCUGAGAGACCCCAGCUGAGACUGGGGCUCCAUUGUGCUAGCCAUUGUACAGAGACAUAGCCCCUGUCCCCAGCGUUCACACUAGGCAAGCCAAUGGAGGUGCUGUUAUCCCCGUUUUACAGCUGGGGGAGUUGAGGCACGGGGCAGUUAACUUGCCCAAGGUCACAUUGGCAUUGAACCAAGCUCUGUGGGUCCCAGUGCCUUAAACCCCAGACCAUCCUGCCUUUCUUUUGCUCCUGCUCCAUGGCCAGGCCCAUGUCUAGCUUUCAAAGCCGACAACUGCCAAGGUGGGACUGCGCAGCGCUGCCAGCGUAGGCUGUUGGAAAUUGGUGACAGUGGAGCAGGCAGGUUUGUGCUCUAAUGUGGUUACUCAGCACCCAGCUAAAUGGAGGAUGGGAACCCUCCCCUCUUCCACCCUCUUAACCCUUUCCUAACUCAGGGCACCUGCUCUCUUGGCCUGGCCAGCGGGUCUGGAUCAUGGGCAUGGCCCGUGGAGGUUACAGUUGCAGCCCAUGGCUGAGCUUCUAGCUGCUCACUUAGAAGCACCUAAUGUGCCUGCUGCCUUUAUGUGGGAGGAGCAAUCUUGCAUUAGAGAGGGUGGGCGGAAGCUCUUUGAGGUUUGCUGAUUCUGGCUCAGGGUUUUCAGAUUCAGGCACGUAUGAGUAGAUCUCUCACUGCUAGGGUGAUGCAGGCGUAUAAAGGCAGAGCCGGCUUCCCUCCUGGGGCUCAGUCUGCGGCUGGCACAGCCGGAUUUAGCAGCCGCAUGAAAGAGGAGUUCCAUAGCCAGGGCGGCCCAGCCAUUCCACUGCCCACCAUGCAGCAGAACCUGAAUUAUGUCUACCCCCAGAUCUUUUGGGUGGACAGCUGUGCCAGUCCCACUUGUGCUCCAUCGGCGCCCAUUGCCACCUGCCCGCCACCCGUGCCGGAGAGGAGGAGGAGAAAACAGAGCAACAAGAGGGAUGGCACAUGCCUCUGUUUCUUGGUGGUGGUUUUGCUGGUCCUGCUGGCCCUCGCUGGAGUGGGGCUGGGGAUGUUUCAGAUUGUCCAGCUGCAGAAGGAACUGGCUGAGCUCCGAGAGUUAACCAGCACUGGACAUGUUCCUUCGUCUAUGGAGAAGCGCAUAGGACUUCCGAAUGUAACAGCAGAGAAGAAGGUGAUCAGGAAGGCAGCACAUUUAACAGGCAAAGCUGAUCAGAAAACCCUUCCUCUGGAAUGGGUGGCCACCCUCGGGCAUGCCUUCACCUCCAAUAUUCAAUACAGACACCGCAGCCUGGUGAUCAAUGAAACAGGCCUAUACUUUGUGUACUCCAAGGUGUUCUUCCGAGGCAAGAUCUGCAACAACCUGCCCUUAGACCACAUGGUUUUCAAACAAAAUCCAGCCUACCCAGCUAGCCAGGUGCUGAUGGAGGACAGAAAGAUGAACUACUGUGCGGCUGGAAAGAUGUGGGCCAGGGGCAGCUACCUGGGGGCAUUGUUCAACCUCACCAAAUCAGACAGCUUGUAUGUCAACGUCUCCGAAACGGCUCUGGUUAAUUUUGAGGAAUCCAAGACAUUUUUUGGUUUAUAUAAACUUUAGAGCUGGCCACCAAAGCAUUGCUUUCAGCAAAUAUGCACUAGGACUGAUAUUAACAGGAGUUGGGUACUGUACGGUAUAAGAAAUAUUCUGUCCAUAGGACUAGUCUAAUACUGUGCUGGGCUAGCAAGGAUUUAGCUGGAAGAAACUCACCAAGCAUCCCUUGUUUGGCCUUUGACAUGUGACAGCCAAACUGACUUGGAAACGGAUCUCCAAGGAUUAAAACUUUCACCUUGUGAACUACUUGGAUCACCCUAGGAGAACCUUAAGUGUAGCUGAAAAAAUCUAGCAUGCCAAAGGCCUCCUUUAAACUCACUACUCACUCAAGGAGAGUGUUUACUACCUGAGAAGAAGCUGAUGCAUUGGGCUCAGUUCUGCUCUGUUACAUCUAUGAAAAUCCCGUUUGCCCUACUAAGGACAGCAUUUGGGCCCCUGCAGAGAUAGUGUUUGGGUGGAUCUCCACAGGACUGGGGAGUUCACUGCCUGGCGCUGGAUGCGAUCAUUGCUGGGGUGGGGAGAGAUUUAUAUUAUGUAUGGCCAUUUAGCACCUUAACUCUUUGCUUUUGCAGGUGCUCCAAGUGUCUGCAGGGUAUGUCAGAGUAGUAGGGUUUUUUAAGUUAUUUGCCAUUUUUAUCCUCAAAUGUAUCCCCCUCCCCUCCUCACAUUUGACUUAGAAAUUGGCGUAAUUCCCAGGACCAGAUUUUAUUCCCAGGGCUCAUCUGGGCCGUGUUCUAUAGAGGAUAACAAGCAAUAAUUACAUGGAUAAUUUGGUAUACAGAAGUGUGGAGGGAGGGAAGACCCUGUCUUUAACUGCUUCUCUGCCAAACAGCACGUGGUGGGUAUCCGGCAUCCCAGCACAGCUGACUCAGGCAAGGUUCAGCAGCAAGGAAGAGUGCUGGAGAGAAUUUAGAGCACAGCAUGGUGGGAUUACACCCAGAACUCCCACGUAAUCCCGGGUGGGGAUCCAUUGAGGUCUGUAGUUUAGGAACCAGGAAUGAAUGUGUCUGAAAAAAUCCAGAAUUGUUCCUGGGGGUUGUGAAAGUCCCUGUAUCCCUUUCUCCCAGCAGCUGGGACGGGAGGUGCUCUGAGCACAGCCCUUGUCCUGUUCUGCAUUCAGGAACUUUGAGGUGACCAUCCAGAGAUGGGUUUGGAUCUGAGCUCUCCCUGCCUCCCCCCAGGUGGGUGAUGUUUGCAGCUGGGGAGCUGGUUUAGGCCCAUCUCUAAAAUAGCCCAGGACACCCCUCACUGCAGAGUCCCUGGAGAUCCUGGGUGAUGGAGGGGAAUUCCAGCAACCCCUGAGUGAUGGGGCAGGUUGCAAGGGCCAUGCAUCCAUCUGGGUGACCUCAUAAGGCUCCUCCUGGGCCCUGGGGUUGCUGUGGUGCAUGCUGGGCAGCCUCUGCCUCCCCUGGGGGGUUCUGCUUGCAGGCUUCGCUCCUUGGGACCAGGCAACAGCUGUCAGGGAACGAGGCAAGGAUGGGAGCUUCCAGAGAAAGGUGAGGAGAGAGCAGCCCCCUCCCCAAACCCAGCCCUCCUGGCUCCCCUGCCCAUCCCCCUGGCUCCAGGCCACCCCAAACCCAGCCCUUCCUCCACUAGCCCCUGGUACUCGCAAUAGAUCUCAGCACCUUCCCCUGAGCUCCCCAGCCUCCCCAAACCACCUCAACACAUCCCUCACCCACAACAUGGCUCCCUUACCCCCUCCUCACACAUCCCCAACUCACCCCAGCAGCCCCUCAGCCUUCCACGGCUCAACCAGCUGCCACAUAACCCCCCAGACCUUCUCCCACCAUGGCUCCCCAGCCCACCACAACCUGCCCCUGGCUCCCCAGCCCACCACAACCCGCCCCCGGCUCCUCAGCUCACCUUCCUCCGGCUUCCCAAUCUCCCCCAGCCCACCCCAGCACCUCCUACAGCCUCCCACGGCUCCUCAACAUACGUAGCCCAUCCUAGCACCUCCGCUGGCUUCCCACCACAGCCCAUCCCCCACAUAAUGCUCCAGAACUUCCCCCACCUCCACAGCCCACCCAGACCCUGUCCCCAGCCUCCCAUGGCUCCCCAACCUACCUUAGCACCUCCCCUGGCUUCCCAGCACAACCCAGCUCUCACAUAACCUCCCCCAGAACUUCCCCCACCUCCACAGUUCCUCAGCCCACCCUAGCUCUGCCCCCAGCCUUCCUAAUCCACCCUAGCACCUCCCCUGGCUUCCAGCACCCCCCAUAGCCUCCCAGCCUCUGCACCUCCCCAGUUUCCCCAAUCUACCCUGCACUUACCCCCCCCUACAGCACCUCCCCCAGGCUUCACCUCCGCAGCUCCCUAGCACUCCAACCCAUCCCAGCACCUCUCCUUGGCCUCCUCUCACUCCCCAAUGCAACUCAGCUCCCACAUGACCCCCCCCAGAUCCUCUCCUAGCCUUCCACAGCUCCCCAAAACAUCCCACUGCCUUCCCUAGUCUCACCAACUUCUCCCAGCCUCCCAUGGCUCCCCAAAUGCAUCUCCAGCCCCCCCAAAAAAACUCAGUCUAGCCUCUCCACUGUUACCACCACUCUCUGUUACCUUCCAGCAUCCACCAGCUCCCCGGGACCCAUCUUCCAGGUCCCCAAGCCUCCCAACUCUCCUUGACGCCCCAGGUCCCCCUCAGCCCUCCAUGGCCCUUCAUCCCUCUUUAUCUAUCCCCUCACCCCUUUGGUCCUUCACAAGGACCAGGUGUCCCCUGCACUCUCUGGGGAGGGUAGGUUGCCAGGCUGCCUCUACCCCGUACUGACUCACUGUCAGGUGAGACCAGCUAGUCGUGGGGGAGGAAGGGGACAGGGUGGGACCACACUUGGGGAGCGGGGUAUUGCGUGGAGGAGGAGAGAACUGAAAACAGUAUAGUGGGGGAAGGAAACAAAAUCACUAUUUCCUCUCUGGGGGUCUUCCCGAUCUGGGUCUCCUAACAAACCCACUCCUGCCACAAAUGUCCCUUGGAGAACACCUCCAAAACCUGGCAGUUGUGUGAAGGUUGGUCCCCAUCCAGGGAGCCCUAGUAUUCAGCAAACCAGCUGAGUGCUCACCCCUGCUUUCUCUAACCCCAGGGGCGUGCUGGAGGAGCCAUUGCAUUGACAUAGGAUGGCUGUUGUGAGUACGAGGGAGGGCCCAGAGUUUGCAGGAUAUGUCCAAUUAGUGCUUAGUCUGGGAACGGGUGCAAUAUUAGUAUACCCAGGAGAAGCAGAGUGCAGAGCUGCUCAGAAGCUGUGAUCAGAGUCAACGUACAGCAGUGGGUACAGACCAGACUGCACCUGAAAUCAAAAUGGGCAAAGCCAACCAUUCUUCGCCUGACUAACCUCCACUGACCAUACCUGAGAUAAAAGCCCGGCUUGUAUUUAUGCCCCAAGUACUAUGUCUCAAAUGCCCUUCCCGGAAUGAGAAUAUAGUCUCAGUUAGUUUUCAUUGGUUGACUCCAUGUUCCAUCACUUGGCUGUACUGGUUUUUACUGGCACCUCCACAAAGGACGGGACAUGUUGGCGAGCACUAUGUGUUCACUACCAGAAGUACUAUUUUUGGGCUAGGUAGUAACUGAAAACCAGGACUUGAAGCUUGCUGAACAGGUUGCAGCAUAAUCCCAGACUGUGAGUAAUUAAUGUGACACAAAGCAAUGUAGCAGUCAAGCAGGCAAUCUGUUUAAACUAUUGAUGUAUUAUUCCCUAUAAUAUAUAUCUAUAUGUACAGUAUAAAUAAUGUUAUUUUUAUAAGUGUGA